CACUCAUCAUUCCCAGUAGUCUUCUUUCUUUCCUCAGAGCUACAACACUCAGAAAAUAUUAUACAAUCACAAUCAAGAAUUUAAUUUGCAGAAAAUAUUGGCAGCCAUGGCGAAUUACAGUACUGCAGCUUCUACUGCCAUAAGUUGUAAGCCCAGGUUGUGUAGUAGAAAGAGCGUGAGAGUUAAUUGCUCUCUGCAAACUCCUUCUCUGCUCCAUUUUCCCAAGCAGACUUCCAGUCCGGUUACCGGAUUGAGUUCAGGCGGCGCCGUUGCGUCUCCGGUGGAGGAACGGUGUUCUUCUUCUUCUCCGGCGGCUCCGCGGUGGAAUUUGUUUCAGAGGAUGGCUGCAAUGGCCUUGGAUGCAGUGGAGGGAGGGUUAACGGCGCAUGAGCUUGAGCACCCUUUGCCGAAAACGGCGGACCCGAGGGUUCAGAUUGCCGGGAAUUUUGCUCCGGUGACGGAGCAGGCGGUCCGGCAGGGGCUUCCGGUGGUCGGGAAAAUCCCGGAGUGUAUUCAGGGGGUGUACGUGAGAAACGGGGCUAACCCGCACUACGAGCCGGUAGCCGGUCACCACUUCUUUGACGGUGACGGAAUGGUUCACGCCGUGAAGUUCAAUAAGGGGGCCGUUAGUUACGCUUGCCGGUUCACGGAGACGCAGAGAUUGGUCCAGGAACGGGCCGUGGGCAAGCCCGUUUUCCCCAAAGCCAUUGGGGAGCUCCACGGCCACACUGGAAUAGCUCGCCUCAUGCUUUUCUACGCCCGCGGGCUUUUCGGGCUGGUCGAUCACAGCAAAGGAACCGGAGUGGCCAACGCCGGGCUGGUCUAUUUCAAUAACCGCCUACUCGCCAUGUCGGAAGACGAUUUACCGUACCACGUGCGAGUCACGCCCGGCGGCGACCUGAAAACCGUGGAAAGAUACGACUUUAACGGCCAACUAAAUUCCACAAUGAUCGCUCACCCAAAACUCGACCCUGUUUCCGGCGAGCUCUUCGCUCUAAGCUACGACGUGAUUCAAAAGCCGUAUUUAAAGUAUUUCCGGUUCUCAAAAACCGGGGAGAAAUCCCCGGACAUUGAAAUCCCGGUCCCGGACCCCACAAUGAUGCACGAUUUCGCCAUAACCGAGAAUUUCGUGGUCGUCCCCGACCAGCAAGUGGUGUUCAAGAUUUCCGAGAUGAUCCACGGCGGGUCUCCGGUGGUGUACGACAAAAACAAGGUAGCCAGGUUCGGAGUACUAAACAAAUACGCUAAAGAUUCCUCGGAAAUGAAGUGGAUAGAAGUGCCGGAUUGUUUCUGUUUCCAUCUCUGGAACGCGUGGGAGGAGCCGGAAACGGAUGAGAUUGUCGUGAUCGGGUCGUGUAUGACCCCACCCGACUCCAUUUUCAACGAAUGCGAUGAGGGAUUAAAGAGCGUGCUCUCCGAAAUCCGGCUCAAUCUGAAAACCGGUAAAUCCACCCGAAAACCGAUCAUUCAAGACCCGGAAGAUCAGGUGAAUUUGGAGGCGGGAAUGGUAAACAGAAACAAACUGGGCCGGAAAACCCGGUACGCGUAUUUGGCCAUCGCGGAGCCCUGGCCUAAAGUCUCCGGGUUCGCAAAAGUCGACCUUUUCACCGGCGAAGUCAAGAAAUUCAUCUACGGCGAUGAGAAAUACGGCGGCGAGCCUAUGUUUCUCCCCGGCAGCUCCGCCGCCGAAGACGACGGUUACAUCCUAGCCUUCGUCCACGACGAGAAGGCCUGGAAAUCAGAGCUCCAGAUUGUGAAUGCACAGACCUUAAAGCUCGAAGCCACCGUGAAACUCCCAUCAAGAGUCCCCUAUGGUUUCCACGGCACAUUCAUCAAUGCCAAGGACUUAGCCACCCAGGCCUAAUUCAUUUCCGCCAUUAAAGACGAGAUUUACCAGUGGGAUAGUUACUGAUACAUCCCCGGAAUCUCUCUCAUCACUUUUUACUACAUAUUCAUUUCUUUUUUCUUUUUCUUAUUUCCAUGUGAGAGGUUUUCAGAGAUGGCCAGCUUGUAGCUUUGUGGACGUAGUUAUUAGGAUUGAAGCUCAGCUGGUUUCUGCUUAUUCUUUCACAUUAUUAUGUGCAUGAUAGAAAGAGAGAGAGUAUAUACUUGUAGAUUGAGUACAUUGAAUAAUCUCUACAGCUCUGUAAUGUACACAUCAGAUCAUCUGUUUUCUGUUGUAAAUAAAAUUAAAUGUCAUACUUCAUGUGUA